GCCCAGUCCUCCCUUUGGUGAGCAUGGAGGACAGCGGGGGUCUGGCUGGCCGGCUGCUGCUGCUGGCCUGCCUGACCUGGAGGGUGGGUGAGUCGGAGAAGCUGUCCCCACUGGCUCCAGGACCCCGAGCUCUCAGCGAGAAGGAGACAUUCCUGGUGCUCUCUCUGCACAACAAACUGAGGAGCAAAGUGCAGCCGCCCGCGGCCAACAUGCAGAAGUUGGUGAGUGCCCCAGCCCUGCCUCUGCCAGACCCAGCAUUCACCAAGGACUGAUCCUCUGAGCUCCCCAACAUCUUGUGGUGGCCCUCUGGUGCCCCAGUGAUUACCCAAUAUCCACUGAUGGCCACCAGUCACCUCCUGGUUGUCUUCAAUCAUCUUUUGGUGGUUCCCCAUCGUCUCGUGGUUGCCCAACAUCCCCUGGUGGUCCCCAGUCAUCUCCCGGUGGUUCCCCUUAAUUCUCUGGUGGUCAGUCAUAGAAUCAUAGAAUCAUAGAACCAUAGAAUCAUAGAAUGGCCUGGGUUGAAAAGGACCUCAAAGACCAUCUAGUUUCAACCCCCUUCCACGGGCAGGGUCACCAACCACCAGACCAGGAUGCCCUAGUCAUGUCCUAGUGGUCCCCAGUCAACUUUCAAUUGCCCCCAGUCACCUUCUUGUGGUCCCCACUUGUCCCCUGAUGGUCGGACAUGUCCUAGUGGUCCUCAAUCACCUCCUGAUGGUUGCCCAACAUCCUCCCUGGUGAUCCCUGACCAUCCCCUUGUGGUCCCCGGUCAUUCCCUGGUAGUCCCCGCUCAUCCUCUAGUGGUCAGACAUGUCCCAGUGGUCCUCAAUCAACUCUCAGUUGUCCCCAGUCAUCUUCUUGUGGUCUCCUGGUAGCCAACCACGUCCUGACGGUCCCCAGACAUCUCCUGAUGGUUCUCGAUCAUCUCCUCGUGAUCCUCAGUCACCUUUUGGUCUUCAGAUACAUUUUAGUGGUCCCCAUUCAUCUGCUCAUGACCCUGGUGGUCACCCAACAUUCCCUGCUCGUCUAUUGUAUCCAAAUAGUCCCUGGAUGUUCCCAAACAUCUCCUGGUCGCCUGGUGGCCCCCCACUCAAUUCCUGGAGUCCCCAACCAUCCCCUGGGUGCCUCCACGAUCUCCCAUUGCCCACCAGUGCCCCCAGCCCGGUGUCCCAGCAGGAGUGGAGCGAGGAGCUGGCGCAGCUGGCGGUCGCGAGGGUGGCAGGCUGCCUGGAGGGCCCCGCUCCCCCUCCAGCCCCACAGCUGGGCUGGAGCGAGGCCUUGCUGCCGGUGGGCGCCGGGGGCUUCGUGGAGCUGCUGGAGCGCUGGUUCGCCGAGGGCCGACGCUAUGACUAUGGGGCGGCACGCUGCGCCGGUAAUGCCACCUGCCGCCAUUACACCCAGCUGGUGUGGGCCACAGCAGGGCGGCUGGGCUGCGGCAGACAGCUGUGUGCCGGGAGCCGGGGCCGCAGCCAGGCCUUCGCCUGCGCCUACUCACCUGGGGGUAACUGGGAGCUGGCCGGAGCUCCCAUCGCCCCCUACCAGCGCGGGCCCUGGUGCUCACUGUGCACCGCCGGCCUCUCCGGCUGCUUCAAGUCCUGGGACCACGGUGGUGGGCUCUGCGAGGUCCCCAGGAACCCGUGCCGCAUGAGCUGCAGGAACGGUGCACACCUCAACGUCAGCAGCUGCCAGUGUGUCUGUGCCCCCGGCUACACCGGGCGCUUCUGCCAAGUCCGGUGCAGCAUGCGGUGCCUCCACGGGAAGUUCCGGCAGGAGGAGUGCUCCUGCCUCUGUGAUGCUGGCUAUGGCGGUGCUGAGUGCGGCACCAGGGUCCCGUUCCCCUUCCAUGCCUGCGAUGUGAGGAUCGACGGUGACUGCUUCACCGUUUCCCCCGAGGCCGACACGUACUAUGGGGCCAAAGCCAAGUGCCAGGAGAAAGGGGCUAUGCUGGCCCAGAUCAGGAGCCAGAAGGUGCAGGACAUCCUGGCCUUCUACCUCAGCCGCCUGGAGAGCAGCAACAGGGUGAUGGACACCGACUUCGACACCCGUAACUUCUGGAUUGGUCUCACCUACAAGACGUCCAAGGCUUCGUUCCGCUGGGACACGGGAGAGCCUUCUGCCUUCGCCAGCUUUGCUUUUGGGCAGCCAGACAACCAGGGGUUUGGGAACUGCGUGGAGAUGCAGGCAGCAGCUGCUUUCAACUGGAACGACCAACGCUGCAAGACCCGAAACCGGUACAUCUGCCAGUUCGCCCAGGAGCACAUCUCCCGAUGGCAGCGGGACCCCUGAGCAGGUAUCUCCAGGCUGUGGGACAGAUGUGGCCCUGGGACCGGCAGGGAUGGAGAUCCCAAAGCAGCUCCUCGCCUUCCUCUGUCACCACGUGUGACAGCUGCUGGGGCAGGGAGACGCCCAGCCUGGGGGUGUCCGGGUGCACCUCCGACGCAGCGAGGUGCUAAGGGGGCUUUUGGGUGACACAGACCUCGGCAUGGCUCGGGGUGAGGGCUGGGCACCGCAGGUUCCUCGUCGCUGGGAUAAUAAAGCCCUCUCUCCGUUUGGAA